CCAAAAUCAACAAGCUCUUCAACUCAGUUGCAAUACUAGUCACCAUGCAUUUCAUCAAACUUACUCUUCUAGCAAUGGUAGCUUUUUGCCUCUCAGUGAAACUCUCCCUGGCUAACCCUGGCUUCCAUUUUGGCUGGGGUGGUCAUCAUCAUGGGGAAAUAUCUUUUGGUCUUUCACCUCAAUUCUAUCAGUUCUCAUGCCCUCAAGCUAAUGACAUUGUCAUGUCAGUGUUGGAGAAGGCCAUUGCUAAGGACAUGAGAAUUGCUGCUUCUCUACUUAGACUUCACUUUCACGAUUGCUUUGUGCAGGGCUGUGAUGCAUCAAUUUUGUUGGAUGAUAGCGCAAGAAUAGUGAGUGAAAAAAAUUCUGGACCUAACAAAAAUUCUGUCCGAGGUUUCGAAGUGAUUGAUAAGAUAAAGUCUAAGUUGGAAGAAGCAUGUCCUCAAACUGUGUCCUGUGCAGACAUUCUUGCCCUUGCUGCCAGGGGCUCCACCGUUCUUAGUGGAGGGCCUAAUUGGGAGCUCCCAUUAGGGAGAAGAGACUCAAAAACAGCAAGCCUAAGUGGCUCAAACAAAAACAUUCCCCCACCAAAUGCCACAAUUGAAAAUCUCGUGACAUUUUUCAAGCGUCAAGGCCUUGAUGAAGUGGACCUUGUUGCUCUCUCAGGUGCACAUACCAUUGGGGUGGCAAGAUGUGCCACAUUCAAGCAGAGACUAUACAACCAAAAAGGAAACAACCAACCGGAUGAGAAUCUAGAAAAGUCCUUUUACUUUGAUUUAAAGACAAUGUGCCCAAAAUCAGGUGGUGACAACUUCAUUUCUCCCUUGGACUUUGGCUCCCCAAGAAUGUUUGAUAAUACCUAUUUCAAACUCAUACUUAGGGGGAAAGGACUGCUUAAUUCAGAUGAAGUGCUUCUUAUGGGAAAUGUUAAGGAAACUCGUGAAUUGGUCAAGAAAUAUGCACAAGAUGAGAGCCUCUUCUUUGAGCAAUUUUCCAUGUCCAUGAUCAAGAUGGGGAACCUCCGUCCUCUCAUUGGAUUUAAUGGAGAAGUUAGGAAAAAUUGUCGCCGUGUUAAUUAAUCAAGCAGCAUAUAGCUAUAUUUAUAUGAUGACUCAUUUAAGUGUUAUAGUUUUACCUGCCAAACAAAAGAAGGAAAGAAUUUGAAAGUGUUUAACCUUUGGUAGUUAUUAGUUUAGAGGGUUUGCAUUGUGUUGCUUCUAUGUUAAUUUGAAAUCUUAGUAGUGUUGAAAGGUAUUGUCCAAUGUA